UUUCCAACAAGUACAGAGCUCAGAGAGGAUAAGGUUUGGGACAAAUGGCAAAGAAUGUCAUCUUCUCUUAGACAACCUGUGGACACACUGUGGAAUAUAUUUUAAUAAUUCUCCUGUGGAGCAACAAGGGACCCCUGUGCAGAGCAGGGAGGAGGCGAGGCACGUGUGUGCUCGACGGAGGCCACAUGGCAGGAGCCCCGAACGCAGCACGCUCCGGUCGCAUCUUCUAGGUGCCACAAAAGAGGUGCUCCAGUUCCCGAGCAGAAUCUGAAAAGGCGGUGUGCCCAUGAGGUCGUCUAUGCUGGUCCUGUUGCUUUUCUUCAGUGCCCAGGCUGCGGCUGCCGUCGGGGAGGACUUGGGCGCCGCCGCCACCGCACACCGGCAGGCUCCAGGUGACUCCAUCCCAAAAGUGGACCCUAAACUCUUCAACAAGCGGCGCAGACUCUCUCCAAGGGUGCUCUUCAGCGUUCAGCCGCCUGACGCCGAGCCGACGGGGUCUCAUGGCGAGAGAAGGAGCCGGCGGCGAGCCGGCCAGCCUCAGAACCGAGGUGUGUACUCUGUGUGCGAGAGCGUCAGUGUGUGGGUGGGCAACAAGACCAAGGCCACAGACAUUUCCGGGAAUGAGGUGACGGUGCUGCCGGACGUCAACAUCAACAAUGUCAACAAGAAGCAGUACUUCUUCGAGACCACGUGUCACAGUUCCCACGCGGGGAACUCGGGCUGCCUGGGCAUUGACGCCCGACACUGGAACUCUCACUGCACCAACUCACACACUUUUGUCCGAGCAUUGACUUCUUUUAAGAACCUGGUGGCUUGGAGGCUCAUACGCAUCAACGUGGCCUGCGUGUGCGUGCUCAGUCGCAAAUCAUGGCGACAGUGACGAGGCAAAACACACCACAAAGACGCUACAUGCUAAAAACGUGUGGAACAACUUCAAGUUUUUUUUUUUACUUUCUGCACAAAGUAAAUUAUUAGUAUUAUGUCAAAGUAUUGGGACUGCAUGUACUGUGUAUACGGCAGGCCUGGGUCAAACAGUCAUUACGUGUUUUAAGACGCACAAAGUAACAUUUGAAAAAGAUGCACAUGUGACUAAAAUUUAAUCCAAAGCCAAAAAAGAUAUUUUUUUUACAUAAAUUAAGGUAAUAUUAAUGAUGAUGAACAAACAAAAUGCAAUUAAUGUGAUUAAUAUUAAUGCUUGGUUCAUUUUUUUUAUCCCCUCUGGCAUUUACUAUUAAUAAUUGUACAAAUGAGUAUUAGGGCUACCGUGGGAAGAAAACCAGGGGUGGGCAAACUACAUCCCGGGGGCCAAAUACGGCCCACCAAGUGUUUGAAUCCGGCCCGCCAGUUGCUUUUUAAGUAUUUCAACUUUUGACAUACAAACUGGCAACAUGACUUGAAAUUCGGAUGUCUUAUUUUGUAAAAAAAUAAAAUAAAAUAAAAAAAACACAACAAAACUGUAAAAUUAAAUGACAUACUUUGAUGUGAUCGGAUGUUCAAAGUACUCCUGAAAAAAGGAACAUGAGAACAUACAGUUGAUAGUAUAAACCAUAGAAUUAGACAAACAAUUCAAGGAAAAUUAUAAGCAUAAAAUAGUGUGUGUGUGUUAUAAAAAAUAUUUGCCCACCCCUGGAAGAAAAUAAUAAUACUACAAGAAUCAGAUCAACAAUAUUGC